AUGACACAACUAUCAAUAAUUGUAAAAUGGGUGGAGAAAUUGUUGUCCGGUUGUGAAGGGACAGCCAAUUGUACUGACGACAUUGUAGUACAUGGAUCUGAUGAGUUGCAAUACGAUAAACGGCUUGAAAAUGUACGUUCAUUCGAAGACUCUUCAUUUGAGACCCUCAAGAUACGACUGUCAAACUUAAAAACACUUGGCUACUACAACCCGGUGGAUAGAACGCAAAUAAUAGCAGAUGCGUCUCCAGUUGGUCUUGGUGCGGUGCUCGUACAAAUUGAUCGUCACGGACCUCGGAUAAUUGGGUUCGGCAAUAAAAGUAUUACUGAUUGCGAGAAGAGAUACUGUCAAACGGAGAAAGAAGCCUGGCUCUGGUAUGGGCAGUAG